UUAGGCUGUCUGCACUGUCUCUGAGUGCCUUCCUUUAGGACAUAGGAAUGUGUAGCUAUGCAUAUUCUCCUGGGCCUGAUUUGAACCUUUUCUUUAAACUUCCCCAUUGUGAAUUUGUUUCUAGCCAUAUCAACAAGGACCCGACCAUGGAGCAGGGCAGGGAGGCCUACUACUCCUCCGAGGAGUCCUUCAUGACGGACUAUAAGAUGAUGAUGACCUUGGGCCAGGGACAUUUUUCCAAGGUCAAACUGGCCUUCCACGUUCCUACUGUAACCUGUGUGGCUGUCAAAGCUGUUAGAAAUAAGAAGAACGCGUCGCUUGUCGAGCGUGAAGUCAACAUCAUGAAAUCUCUCAAACAUCCGAAUAUCAUUCAGUUGUUUUACGUGCUCCAAUCAAGAGAGACCACCUUCUUGGUGAUGGAGUACGCAUCAGAGGGAGAUCUUCUUCGACACAUUCUGGAAGUGGGGUCCUUAGAGGAGAGCGAGGUGCGAAGGCUAUUUACCCAGAUACUCCUUGCUGUGGAGUACUGCCAUAGCAACCAUAUUGCCCACAGGGACAUUAAGGCCGAUAACAUACUCCUGGACAGCAGAGGUGAUGCCAAACUGUGUGAUUUUGGCCUUGCUGCCAACGUGACCCCAGGACAGCUGCUGAAGGACUUCUGUGGCACUCUGCUCUACUGUGCCCCAGAACUCUUUGCAGAGGAGGCCUAUGAUGGGUGUGCCACAGAUAUGUGGAGUCUAGGUGUGCUCCUCUUCCUCAUGGUGGUUGGGCGCUUUCCCUUCCGGGCCAGCUCUCCUAAAGGUGUUAGGCAUCAGAUCCUUGCCGCAAACUUCAGCAUACCUCAGCACGUUUCCAUGGAUAUUUUCAAUGUCAUCGUAGAACUGCUGAUGAUCAACCCGGGAAGGAGGCCGACCAUUGAUCAAAUCAUGAAGCGCCCCAUGAUCAGGGACAGGAAGACUGGUUUGCCACCUCCUUCUACACAGAAACCCCCAGGCGCCCUGAGCCCAAGCAUUGUCAACACCAUGAUGGUCAUGGGGUAUAAAUCUGAGGAAAUCAUGGAUUCUCUGAGAGACCAAAACUACAACCAGGUGAUGGCCACUUACCUGAUUCUCCAACACCAGUCUCCUGGGGGAGACUGCUGCCAUCACCAGGUGAAAUCCAUGCAGCCAGACCUUGUCCUCAACCUGGAUGAUCUUCACACCUUCCCUGUGCCCCUAAGGCGAGCUAGCGAGCCUGCUCCCCUGACCUUCACCUCGUCAUCCAAUCCCCAGGAGAGAGCGCAUGAGAAGAAUGCCAGGCAGUGUGGCACAAGGCAUAGCAUGCCUGCCACCCUGUGCCGCCACUCAGAGAGGACCCGACCUCCCCACCAGGUCUACUUGAACAGGCAUCGUGCUCUUUUCCUCAUGUGCAGUAGCGAGGAAAUGAGCGAGAAUUUCUCUGAGUCGAUGAUUGGGAAAAGUGGCAGCCUGAGGGCCAGUGUCCACCCAUCAUCACUCUUAAUGUACACUGCUUCUUCUAGUCUAGAGCACAAUGAGACCACAUGUGACACAGGCAACAGAGCUUCCUGCAGUUACCAAGAGGAAUUCUGGAGCUCAGUGGAGACAGUUCAGAGUGUAACUCCCAAAGGCUCCUCCUCCUCUUGGGAUACAUUGCAGGAAGACACCAUGACACAAGAAGAAGCCAUUAGUGAGCAAGUGAAUAUCACACAGGAAGAGGCCAUGAAUGCGGAAGGUAUCAUCACACAAGAAACAACCAUAACCCAGGAAGUGUCCAUCACAGAGGAAGUGACUAUAACCCACCAAGAAGCCACCACAAAAGAAGCAACCAUAACCCCGGAAGAGGAUGACACACCUGAUCAGGAUGACUCUAUCACAGAGGAGAAUGCCAUCACCCAUGGCCAGCCUGAGGUUGCCGGCCCAGCUUCCUCCCAAAGCCGUAGGCGCCACAGGUGGAAGGGGGUCAAGAGAGCAAUGGUGAACUGCCUCAGACACCUGUGCUGCUGCCUGGCCCCUGCCAAGAGAAGCCACGACUCCUGUAAGAACCUGGCUCCAAGGAAACAGGAUCGUGGAGUCACCCACAGAACCAGCGCUGAAGAGGUCCAGACCCAGCUCCGUGGCUUGUGAGCCACGGGUUGGGGAUGGGUCUGGCUGAAAUUCGGACAGCACACAGAGGAGCCAGGCCAGAUGUCCAAGAAUCAGUGUGUCUGCCGCCCACCCGAGUUCAGCUCUCACCAGAUUUUCUGUAGGCAGUACCGGCUGCCAAGGAAUGGCGACCCUGCUACCCCCAAGUGAGUGUUGGGGCUACAGAUGACCUGACUUUCUACUGAGAGUCUUUUGAAGAACCGCAAACUCGAGCUCUAGCCUUUUCUUCUGAAGCUGGUGAGUUGUGACCUGGGUGGGAGGGAGGUAAAGGAAGCUGUCCCCAUCCCAUGCCAUGUCAAGGACACUCAGCUCCGUGGGACAGAAUGGAAGGCAGAAACCUCUCCAGUGCAUGUCCACAGCAGCAGCUGAUGAUAGUAGGAAGAUGAAGCCUCACAUUGCUUGAAGAUGAAAACAGAGCAUCCAGAUGUACCGUGAAUAUUUCGAGUGAUUCACAUCUGGAAUUGGCUGAGCAUUGAGUCAUCUCUUGUGCAGUGUACUGAGGAGCUGUUCAAGCUGGGGUGUCCUGAUGUCCCUGAACAAAUUUCAUAGACACACUGCUGCUCCUGGACAUGCCCUCCACAAUUGAGAUGACUGGGUUGUGAGUCACGACUGUGAAAUCCAUACCUGGCUUGGUUCUAGGAGGUUUCAGAAGCCAAGGGAGAUGACCUUGCAGUAGGAGAAAAGAAGACCACCUCCAUCAAUUCUACUAGCACCCCCAAAAUCAUUGAGUUAUGUUUCUUAAGUUGGAAAUAAAUUAAAUUCUUUAA